GUCUGCGCAGACGCAAUCUAGAGGAUAGUUUGGCAGGACCUGUGUUUAACACACAUAAAAUAGUAAUCGUGUUUUUAAGUAGAUAAUCGAGAGUGAAAUCUUAACACGGAUUCUCAACACGUUAUCUUGUGGUUUAUUUGACACAAAUGACGACCAACAAACCAAAAAUGUUGGAAGGAACGAAGAUCAACUCGCCAUCACAAAUGGCGAGCGUGUUCGACAUCGCCAAGGACACAGUUCUGUUCCUAGUGUUAUCCUGCUAUUACAUAUUAGAAUCCCUAUUCUGGACCUUAGUGCCUAACGCAAUAAGGCCCAUGAAGAGCCUUAAAGGGGAUGUGGUGCUAGUGACUGGAGGCGGUGGCGGUGUUGGUCGCCAACUCGCCGUCAAAUUGGCCAGACUUGGAGCCAAGGUCGUAGUUUGGGACAUCAGCAAAGAAGGUCUACAAAAAACGUGCGCAGCGGUCAUUGACGAAGGCUACGAAAUUGCGAGCUACGUCGUAGACCUUGCGGAUCGUAGCGCCGUCUACGCAGCCGCUGAGAAAGUGAAAAAAGAGGUGGGCAAGGUAGAUGUGUUAAUCAACAAUGCAGGCACGGUGUUCGGUGAAACACUACUGGAUCUCUCUGACUCCGCUAUAGAAACCACGUACAAAGUCAACAUACUCUCGCAUUAUUGGACCGUGAAAGCGUUCCUGCCAGAAAUGAUCAGUUCUGGCAAGGGGCACAUCGUGACGGUCGGCUCGGUAGCGGGGCUGCUUGGCACUUACCGCUGCACAGACUAUAGCGCUACCAAGUUCGCCACCGUCGGCUUCCAUGAGAGCUUGUUCACGGAAUUGAGGGCUCACGGGCACACCACAAUCCAUGCAACACUAGUGUGCCCUUACUACAUAAACACAGGCAUGUUCGACGGCGUCACCCCCCGACUGAUGCCCAUGUUGGAGCCAGACUACGUGGCCGAGACCAUGAUCGACUCCAUCAGGAAGAACGAGGUCAACUGCAUCAUGCCCGGAUCAGUCAGAUACCUUCUACCUCUGAAAUGCCUGCUGCCAGCGAAAAUGUGUUGGGACCUAAUGCACAGAGUCAUGAAGGGGCCGCAGUCUAUGAUGGAGUUCAAAGGAAAGCCAAAGGCUGUAGUUAGUUAGAAC